AUGCCAGCCCACCAAAAGGUUUCUGGAAUCGAAGAGAAUUUGGUUCCAGGCUCAUCUUUUUCAGCAAAAUAUGCUAAAGAUGAGAAAAUAAGCACACCCAUGGCUGAAGGUUCGAUCAUCAAGUGUAUGGAUAAAUCAAAAAUGAGAAAUGUAAAAUCUGGUUUGAAGUUAAUUGAAAAGGAAUCAAACAGUAAUUCUCCAGAAGUUUAUUUAAAAUCUAAGUAA